AUGUCCAACGGAUUGUACGACAAAGUAUACCUGUCAAAUAGUUAUGUAAAUUUGAAGUUGUAUGAAAAUCCAAACCCUGAGCUUUUAAGAGCUUUUAAACUCCAGGAAUCUAUUCAGGAAAGCUGUAUUACUAGGAGUAUAGCUGUUGGUAUAGCAUCAUCUUUACUUGGUGUCGUCGUUGGCUCUUUUAUGUUUACUAUGAACCAGUCUAGUAAACCAACGGACAUAAAUUUGACAACAAAAGAGGUCUUCAGGUUGGCUUCUAAAGAUUUAAUAUCUCAUAUUACUGCUACUAGCAAAAAUUUUGCAAAAAUUGGUUCAUUAUACUCUUUGAUUGAGUGCGGAGUACAGAAGAAACGCGGGUCUUGCGAUCUAUACAAUUCAAUCUACGCGGGCUGUGCAACAGGAGCCACACUUUCUUAUAAAAAUGGACCGUUAAUGGCUACUGGCAGUUGUAUUGCAUUUGCUGCCUUUUCUGGAGCCAUGGAAGCGUAUCAACACUCCACUGGUUGA